AUGGAUAGUGAGAGCGGAAUUCCGAUUUUGGAUUUUCGAAAGAGCACUGGAGUGACAUUAGAAGAAGGGAGUGAAGGAUGGAAAGAAAUGAGUAAGAAAGUGAGAGAAGCAUUUGAGAGUCACGGUGUUUUUCUCUUAAGGUGUGAUGAAAUACCAAAUGAAUUACAAAAAGAAAUGUUCACAUUCAUGAAAUCUUUGUUUGAGUUAUCUGAGGAGACAAAGCUGAAAUUCUCAGGCUCAAGGCUUGCUAGAGGCUACUUAGGCAAGAGUCCUGCCAUUCCCCAUAGUCAAUCAUUUGGGAUCGAAGAUGCUUUUAAGCCCGAGACAUCUCAAAAUUUCACUAAUCUCAUGUGGCCAGAAGGAAAUCCAUCAUUUUGUGAGACACUAUUUUCUUUUACUUCAAAAGCACGAGAACUAAACUCUCUUAUUCUAAAGAUGGUUGUUGAGGGGUUUGGCCUUCCAGAACAGUACAUUUUAGAAGUUGAAGAGUUGAGUAGCGACACUGAUUCACGUUUGACAAGGUACCAACUUCCUGAAGAAAACAAAGAUUCUGCAGUUACUUUUGUGCCUCACACCGACAAAGGCAGCAUAACCCUAAUAUGCGAGAAUGAAAUCCAAGGUUUACAAGUGUUACAAAAAUCUGGCAAUUGGGUUAAUGUAAAUGUUCCUCCAAAUGGAUUUAUUGUAAUUGUUGGUGACAUGUUACAGGCAUGGAGCAAUGGGAGAUUUAAAGCACCAAUGCAUAGAGUUGUGUUAAAAGGAGACAAAGAGAGAUUUGUAUUUGUUCUUUUUUCAGUGCCAAAGGAAGAAACAUUCAUUAAGGUUCCUUCUGAGUUGGUAGAUGAACAACAUCAUCCUCUUCAUUACAAACCAUUCAAAUAUGAGGAAUUCAUGAAUUUUAUUAAAAAAGUUAGCACUAAAGAGGGAGCACUUGAAGAAUUUGCAGGACUUUAA